AUGGGCCUCACUGAGUCCAAGGGCGAAGACAUUGUCCCGCUGGGGGAGCUGGUGAAGCAGGACCUGCUGGGACACGGUGCCAUGUGCCAAGUGUUCCAGGCGCACUGGACCCCCAAAAACAUCCCCGUCGCCCUCAAGCAGAUGAUGGUGCCCGAGGUGGUGCCCGAAGACUUGGCCGACUUCCGAAGAGAACUGCAACUUACCCGAACGAUGAAGCAUCCCAAUCUGGUGUGCCUCUACGGCGGCUGCGCGGAGCCGCCCAACCUGUACCUGGUGAUGGAGUUGGUCGCCCACGGCGCCGCCUCCGAUCUCCUCCGCACCAAGACCACCGACCUGUCCUGGCCCCUUCGGUUCCGAAUGGCCCUUGAUACGGCACUGGGGAUGCGAUUCCUGCACAGCCAGAAAGUGAUGCACCGUGACCUCAAGACGGAGAACCUGCUCGUUAAUUCGCUGCAGGUGGACGCUGAGACAGUGGUCAAGAUUUCCGAUUUGGGGAUCUCCCGAUUCUCCGAAGGCAACGACGCCCUCAUGACCAUCGGCCGCGGCACCACCAAAUGGAUGGCGCCCGAGGUGCUCGAGGGAUCCAACACGUACUCGUUUCCGGUCGACGUCUACAGCUUCGGCAUCAUCCUCUGGGAGUUCUACGCCCAAUCCGCGCCCUACACCGAAAUGAUCAUCGAUGGCUAUCGGCCGCCGGUGCCGCAUUCGUGCCCGCCGGCCUAUUCCCGGCUCAUGCAGGACUGUUGGCACGGCGAUCCGAGCAAGCGACCAUCGUUCGACGAGGUCACCCGACGCCUCUUCGAGAUGAAGGACCAGGUGUGCCCGAACCUGGUUCUGCCGCCGGCGGUGGUGGCCAUCUACGAAAAGGGCGAGAAGGGCGGCGAGAAGCCACUGCUGACCUCGCCCAAGCGAGCCAAGCCCGCCGACGCGGCCGCGAUCGCAGGCGAGGCCGACAGCGGCAAGAAACAAGAGAAAGAGAAAGCGAAGAAGGAAAAGAAGGAAAAGCGAAAGACCAAACUGAAGACCAAGGAAAAGGAAGACAAGAAGGACAAGACGGCCACGACGACGACCGCCGCCGCCACGUCAUCACCGGCGGCAACGACGGUCACGUCGCCCCAGUCGGCGCCGGGCUCGCUGCAGCAGCGCACGGCGGCGGGGGACAAUGGAUCGGCGUCGGUGGGCUCGAUGGUGCGACGAUGGGAAGGCGGCGGUGGCGGGGGCUCCUCGCCCGCGCUAUCGACGCCCGGCGCCGCGGCGAGUCGAACGGCGCAGCAACCCGCGCGUCCGCCGCCUCGACCGGUCCACUCCGCGUCAAUGGCGCACGGCGUUGCGCACUCGCGCGGCGCUGCCGCGACGCCGUCGCACUCGGCGAGCCCGACGUCGCCGCCUCUCGCCCGGACUGGCCGAGCGGCCACCGUCUCCGGCCUCCCCACGUCGACCGCCCAAGCACCGGCCUCGGGGAGCGCUGCCGUGGGCGGGUCGGCGAUCGAUGACAACAAGAAGAAGACGGGCAGCUUCUUGCCCCUCGGCAUGUUCGGCGGCAAGAAGAAGAUGGAGAGCACCCGAAACUGA